ACAGAUUUGGCGCCAUAUUUCCAACAAGGAACACUACUGCAGUGAAAGAGUUCCGUGUCUGACAGCAAACCAAAAUAAACUGUGGUUCAUGCAGCUAUAGCGCUUUUUAUCUCAUUCCAAAGGUUUUAAUCGACUGUUUUAAAAUGUUCAUCACGGACAUAAGGAAAGAGUUUUACGAGGUGGUUGCCAGCCAGAGAGUCGCUCUCCUGGUGGCGUCAGACAUCGACGCUCUCUGCGCCUGUAAGAUCCUGCAGGCGCUCUUUCACUGUGACCAGGUCCAGUACACGCUUGUGCCAGUCGCAGGCUGGCAGGAUCUCAGCACUGCUUUCCUUGAACAUAAAGAGCAGUUCAAGUACUUUGUUCUCAUCAACUGCGGGGCGAAUGUUGACCUUCUUGAGAUGCUGCAGCCCGACGAUGACUCCAUCUUCUUCGUCUGUGACACUCACAGACCAGUAGAUGUAGUAAAUGUCUACAACGACGCACAGAUAAAGCUGCUCAUCAAACAGGACGACGACCUUAGUGUGCCUUCUUAUGACGAUAUCUUUCGAGACGAGGAUGAGGAAGGAGGUGAUUCUGGAAAUGAGAGUGAUGAAGGCUCAGAGCCUUCUGGGAAGCGGAGGAGAUUUGAUGAAGGAGCUGUGGAGAGGAGAAUUGAAAGAGCGCGAGCAAAGAGGGAGUGGGAGGCACGAAGGAGAGAAAUCCUGUUUGACUAUGAGCAGUAUGAAUAUCAUGGGACCUCUGCUUCCAUGAUGUUUUUUGAGCUGGCGUGGGUGUUGACCAAAGACACCAAAGACAUGCUCUGGUGGGCCGUCAUCGGGCUGACAGACCAGUGGGUUCAUGAGAAAAUCACACACAUGAAGUACAUUACAGACAUCGCCACAAUGCAGCGACAUGUUUCCCGCCAUAACCACCGAAAUGAGGACGAGGAAAACUCCCUCUCCAUCGACUGCAUGAGGAUCUCCUUUGAAUACGACCUCCGUCUAACCCUCUACCAGCACUGGUCUCUGUAUGAGAGCAUCUGUAAUUCAUGUUACACAUCAUGCAACUUCAAGCUGUGGACGUUAAAUGGACAAAAGAAACUCCAGGAGUUCCUUGCGGACAUGGGACUACCACUGAAGCAGGUGAGGCAGAAAUUUCACUCCAUGGACAUGUCAAUCAAAGAGAACCUGAGAGACGUUAUUGAGGAGUCGUCCAUUAAAUACGGAAUGAAGGACAUCAGGAUCCAGACAUUUGGUGUUCAUUUUGGCUUUAAGAACCGUUUCCUGGCCAGCGACAUGGUGCAUGCUACCACAGCCCUUUUGGAGAGCACUGAGAAAGACGAGAGCGAUGGUGACAACUUCAUUAGAGCUCUGGACUCUCUGUCCAGGAGUAACCUGGAACGUCUCCAUGCAGGCAUAGACCUGUCUAAAAAGAAGCUUAUGGCGAUCCAGCAGACUGUUGCCAGCUGCAUCUGUACCAAUCUCAUCCUGUCUCAGGGACCCUUCCUCUACUGCUACCUCAUGGAGGGAACACCUGAUGUGAAGCUCUUCUCUAAACCCAUGGCGUUGACUCUGCUCAGCAAAUACCUCCUGAAGGCUUUUGUCCAUUCUACAAGAAACAAGCGCUGCAAACUGCUUCCGCUCAUCAUGGCUGCUCCCAAGGACGUGGAGAAGGGAACUGUCAUUGUUCUGGGAAUCCCACCUGAGUCUGAGACGUCGGACAAGAAGAAUUUCUUUGGUCGAGCGUUUGAGAAAGCUGCAGAGAGCACCAGUUCCAGAACUCUUCAUGACCACUUUGACACUUCAAUAAUCGAGCUGAAGACAGAGGACAGGAGCAAGUUCCUGGAUGCACUCAUCACUUUGUUGUCAUGAGAACAAACAUGAACAGGGUUGAGUUCUUGGUUUGUCCCCCAAACAGCGUGGGUGCUUCUUUAGUCUGACGUGAUCAAAAUCAGUAAGACAUGAGCAGUUUUACCAGGAAACAAGAACUUCAUGACAGUUCAAUCAGUUUUGUUUGUAUAUUGUUGUACAGUCUUUCUGUAAAUGUGUGGAAGUCGUAUUUUUGGUUUUAAUUUCUCUUUUCUGUCUUUUAUUCCUGCUUAUGUAUGUGAGCUUUUUUAAAUGUUUUAACCUGUUUAAUAAAUCAAAGUAAGUGAUAUUAA